UUUGUUGGUUCGUUUUUUUAUUCGUUCCUCUCAUUAGUUCCUGCACAAACAAACAGUGUCCAUCAGCCGAACCCGGUGAUCACUGCUACUGCUGGUGAUAACGUGACUCUACAGUGCUUUCUGCUGGGAGAACAAAAUACUGAACCCAUCGUCUGGUACAAGCAAGCAGGAGGACACGAACCUUCUUUAGUGGCUGUGGUACAGAAAGCACAGGAUCCCAUUUACAAAGAUGAAGUCAAUUCUCCAAGGUUCAGAAUCGAGAAAGGAAGCAAGAACUGUCAUUUGAAGAUAAUCAACGUGAACCCAUCAGAUGAGGCCAUGUAUUACUGUGGCUUGAUUACAUUUUACACAGUAUUUGCAAAAGGAACAUUUUUAUCAGUGAAAGGUAAGCAUUGUGAUGGAGAUAUAAAAGUCUCAGUGUUCCAGAGCGGCGAGUCGGACUCGGUUCCUGCAGGAGCGUCAGUGACUCUGCAGUGCUCGGUUCUCUCUGAGAGAAGAUCAGCAGAACUCCAAGUGCUCUGGUUCAGAGCUGCUCCACCACAAUCCCAUCCUCAAAUCAUUUACACUCAUCACAACAGCAGCCAUCAGUGUGAGAGCGGCUCUUCUACACACACCUGUGUGUACAACUUCUCCAAGAACAUCCUCAGCCUCAAUGAUACUGGGACUUACUACUGCGCUGUGGCCGUGUGUGGGAAGAUCAUUUUUGGGAACGGGACACGAGUACAAUUGAAACAAUCGUUGCAUCCUGUAGUGAUCUUUCUCGCUGUAGCUUUGGGAGUGUGUGUGGUUGUGAUCUUUACUCAUGUUGUAAGCAGUAAAGGGAGAAACUGUGAAUGUUGUCAUGGUGAGUCUUCAGUAAGGUUGUGUAUCUUAAUUACAAAAUUUACAUUGAGCUAUUUGAGUCCAGUUCCAUUGAAGUACUCAAACACACUUAUUGUCUAA